AUGGUGGACCGUGUAGAAUGCUCGGGCGUCUACAUUGACGACCGGGUUCGUUCGGAGAGAUGGGUGCGCAGAAAUUCCAUCUCAAACUCCACCGCAUCCUCCGCUGGCUCAUUCACCGUGGAGGAACCUGAAGCCCUGUGUGCCGAUGUAGAGCAACUCUUGGAUGUCUGCAAAAAGAGUCCAGACCUCGCAACUGGAACUCCGGCUAACCCCCCCAAUCAAGUCUAUCUUUGUCAGAGCGGAGCCUCUUUUGCGAACAAAUUGGCCGAGCUGAGCGACCGAUCAGGUAGCGACUGUACCCCGAUAUUUGCCUUUUUCGGUAUCGACUUUGGUAUCGAUGAAUCAAAUGUUGCUCGUCGAAAGGCCAGUCGGGCCUCAUGGAUGAUGGAAAAUGGCCCCCCCCGUCACCCGGUUCAAUUCAACGUACAUUCACCUUUUCCUCCCAUAAUGACGAAGCGCCCGGCCUCGCGCUCCUCUCCGGACUGUCCCAAUUUGGUCAUCCCCGUCGCCAUCCUGCGUAGUUCAGGACCUGAUCCCUUGGAAUCUCCCGCCGAAUCGACGAGCGACCCGCAAAGUAUCCGAAGCCCGGUGACCAUAGAGCACAAACAAAUCGCCCGAUGUCUGGACGCUGGAGCCGUGGACGUUUUGACAACACCGCUCGACCGAUCUCGAAUUCAAGGACUAGUGGUUCACGCGUAUCGUACUCGUCGCACGGCUCAGAAGGAGAUGUCUCGGUUUUUGGCCCGGAAAAAGCUACGGAAAAUGUCAUGGGUUGGCGUGCAUGAUGAAGAACCAUAUGCAUACCUGCGAGAAGCGAUGGUUUCCAAAUUGAUGAAGGGGAUUUGCAACCCCGAAGAAAUCAUUGACGAAUUCCAGGAACGUGAUCUUGAAAUCUCGCCAGAACGUGAAGCCUUCAUCAAAGAGCAGGUAGGCAGCUGGAAGUUCUGCGCUCAUGAGUUCUCAGAGGAUGAGUUGGUCUUUGGUGCUUGCCAGAUGCUUCAGCAUGCAUUUACUCUUCCUGGAUUGGAGCACUGGCACUUGACCCCAGGUGAACUCCAGACAUUCUUACUGGCCUGUCGUGCCGCCUACAACUCAUUCGUUCUGUACCACAACUUCCGCCACGCCAUUGAUGUACUGCAGUCAGUCUUUUGUUUCUUGCUCCGCAUCGGAGCUUUACCCCCGUACGAGCCGAUCGGUCAGGCUCCUGUUGAACAAAAAUCUCCUAUCGCCACCCUACUCUCUCCUUUUGAUUCCUUGACCCUUCUUAUCUCUGCUAUUGGUCAUGACGUCGGUCACCCAGGCGUCAACAACUUUUUCCUUGUCAAACUCAAUGCUCCCCUCGCACAACUGUAUAACGAUAACUCUGUUCUCGAAGCAUUCCACUGCGCAGCAUUCUCUCAGAUCCUCCGCCGGCAUUGGCCUGCAGCUUUCAAGGACAAGCAACUCCGAAAGUUGCUGAUCAGUUCUAUCCUAGCAACAGAUAUGGGUGUACACCAAAAGUUCAUGGAGCGCAUGGGAUCAUUGCAGGAGAAGUACUACGAGAGCGAUAAGACAGUCGACUGCUGGAAGCCCCAGGACGUGGAAAUGUACAAGACUCUCGUCUGUGGGCUGUUGAUCAAGUGCGCCGAUAUUAGCAACGUCGCUCGGCCGUGGGGUGUUGCUGAGAAAUGGACGCAGAUCUUGCAGGAGGAGUUCGCCAACCAAGGCGAGAUGGAAAAAGAGGUGGGUAUGGAGACUGCGCUGUUUGGUGGACCGCCAGAGUUGGGCAAUAUCUACAAACUGGCCACCGGUCAGAUUGGCUUCAUGUCGAUUUUUGCACUACCACUUUUCGAAGGAGUCUCUGAUCUAUUACCCCAAUUGCAAUUCACCGCCGAGCAUAUUCGCAGCAAUAAGGGUCAAUGGCAGCAACAUGCCAAUGAUGAGUUGCGAAAGCAAGGUUUGCGGAUUGAAGAUUCCACUCGAGAUGUCGGGGUUUCUCCUCGCUCUCAAAGCCCAGCUCGGUCAACCAAGAUCAACGGUACCGAAGGUGGAGAGGAAGCGUCAUCGUCAGAAGAAAACAACGACAAAGCAGUCGUAGAGACUCGAUAUGAUUCCCCAUCAGGAUCUUCGGACGAGACUGUCUCGCAAGGGGAUGUCAGCGGUGCUUACAACGAGAACACCAUCGAGCCUGUGGUAUCUCCGGAUACCCCCGGUCCACAGAUCGAGAUAACUGGUACCUCUGCCGACCCUGAUGUGAUCUCAUCGCGCAAAUCCUCCAGUGCUAUGCCUGAUAUGUCAUACUUUUCAUAUUCUCCAGCUGCAACUCAAGCUGCAACCCAACUUGCAACCCAAUCCGUUCGAGGGUCAGUUGGAGCCUCACUCGCGGACUACGAUGCAUCCCCGGGGACCGACCCAGCUGUUUUAGCGGCUGUCUUCUAUGCCAACUCAACAACGACCGCCGGUGGUAUUACCUCAGUGCCUGCUGGUACCUAUGGUAGUGCCGAGCGUGACAACACAGCCGACUCUGCUGCCAUGGAGCGUCCCAGCAGCUCUCGGCAAGGUCAUGGCUCUCAGCACCAUGCUCAUCACACUUCCUCCGUCCGCACAUCUGGGCCCUCCAGCUCCAACCGCAACAGCUGUACUCGUACGCAAAGCAUUAGCGCUUACAGCAACAACAUGACUCCUAUUUCUCCUGCUACGAACGCGACCAGCUUCCUAGCAGUGGACAGUGGUGAUGAGAAGCGUGUUUCAGACGAUAGUACAGCCCAGAGUGAUUUAGGAGGUCCUGAUGACAGUAGUACGCGGCCGAGUACAUCAUACGCCUCCCACACGGGAGACCAGGCGAGCAGCAGCUAUAGCCAAAGCCCUGGUCGUGGCUCUCACCACUCUCGAUCUGAAGAUGCAAAGGAUUAUCAUUCUGCGGGCGCGAAUGGUACUCUGAGUCCAGCACACUCUACAACUACUGGCGAGAGUAUUCGAAAUGAGCAAACGCAGGGCAAUGGGCAUGGAAAUGGGGAUGAGGCUCGGAAUGGUGGAAAUGGAACGCGGAAGCUUCCUAAGAAACGCAGUAGAUUGCGUCUCGCAUUCUGGAAACGUCGCAAUCACCAUCAACAGGAGGUUCAUGGCGAGAGCUGA